AUGAAGGUUACUCUUAAAAAUUUUCAAAAGAAAUCGUGGACAAUUGAAAUUGAUCCAACUCAAACUGUUCUUGAAUUAAAAAAACUCAACGGAGAGCAAAACGGCUGGUCUGUGGAAGAACAAAAGUUAAUCUUUUCUGGUCAAAUUUUGCAAGAUGAUAAAACUCUAGAGUCCUACAAGCUUACAGAGUCAGGCUUUGUGGUCUGUAUGGUUCCUAAGGCUAAAGCCCCGAAGCCAGCAAGCUCACCAGCCCCUUCUCAACCUUCCCCCUCAACUACUAUUGAAACACAACCAACUACGGCCACUGCUGCAAUUGAGCCUACUAACCAAAAUCCAACAUCCUCUACAACAACUACUCCUGCUAAUGAGACUCAAGCAACUGCCAAUACACCCGCUGUCGCUGAAACCACUUCUACUACACCCGUCUUUAAUGACCCAUCAGCUUUUACAACUGGCUCUGUAAGAGAAGUUGCUAUUAACAGCAUGGUCGAAAUGGGCUACACUCGGGAACAGGUCCAACACGCUAUGCGUGCCGCUUUCAACAAUCCUGAUAGAGCCGUUGAAUAUCUACUGACGGGUAUCCCUGACUCUUUACAACAGCCUCAAGAGCAGCCCACCCAAACUACUUCACAACAACCUUCUGCCGAAACCCCAACUACUACUGCUACUGAAGCUAGAGAUAACACCACUGAGGCAACCGAGGGUGAGGUUGAUUUGUUUGCUGCUGCCGCUGCUGCUCAGAAUCGCAAUCAGGAUGCUCAGAGCAGCAUGUCGGCCAUGUUUGAAGAAUUCCGUAGCACUCCUGAGUUUGAGCAAAUGCGUGAAGUUGUGCGCGAAAGACCCGAAAUGCUCCAAACAAUUAUUCAGCAACUUGUCAUGUCGUAUCCUGAGCUCCAGGUCCUCGCAGCAUCUGACCCAAUCAGUUUUUCUCGCAUUAUUCAAGAGACUUUUGGAAUCGAUCUUGGUGACUUAGAAGGUGAUGACUACGAAGAUGGUACCGAAGGUGAUGUUGAAGGUGGUCAGCUUCCCCCUGGAACUAUUAGAAUCACACCUGAGGAAAACGAAGCUAUUCAGAGACUGGUUGAUUUGGGAUUUGACAGAACAUUGGCUGCCCAAGCAUACUUUGCUUGUGAUAAAAAUGAGGAACUGGCUGCAAACUAUUUGUUUGACCAUGGUUUUGAAGAUUAA